GCCCCGGUUGCUGUAUUGGUGUUUUUGGAGCUAGAGACCCUCCCAGACACAGCACCUAUACAUUUGAGCUCCUACUAGCACCUGUUGCAGGUGACAGACAGCUCUGUUCACUCUCCUUGCGAGGUUGUCUUGAAGAAAGAAGAGUAAAGACAUCAUGUCAGAGAUACUAGACCUCUCUUUUCUGUCCGAUAUGGAAAGGGAUUUGAUCAUCAGUGUUCUGCAAAGAGAUGAAGAACUCAGAAAAGCAGAUGAGAAAAGGAUUAGACGACUGAAGAAUGAGCUACUGGAGAUAAAAAGAAAAGGUGCCAAAAGGGGCAGCCAACACUACAGUGACAGAACCUGUGCCAGGUGCCAGGAAGGCCUGGGCCGCCUGAUUCCCAAGAGCAACACUUGUGCGGGUUGUAAUCAUUUAGUGUGUCGAGACUGCCGCAUCCUGGAAAGCAAUGGUUCCUGGAGGUGCAAGGUGUGCACCAAGGAAAUAGAAUUGAAGAAAGCAACUGGAGAUUGGUUUUAUGACCAGAAAGUAAACCGCUUUGCUUACCGAACAGGCAGUGAGAUAAUCAGGAUGUCCCUGCGCCGUAAGCCUGCAGCAAAUAAAAGAGAGACAGUGGGACAGUCCCUUCUUCAGCAGACACAGAUGGGUGAUAUCUGGCCAGGAAGAAAGAUCAUUCAGGAACAGCAGAAGGAGCCCAGUGUGCUGUUUGAGGUGCCAAAACUGAAAAGUGGAAAGAGCACGCUGGAGGCUGAGAGCGAGAGCCUGGAUAGCUACACAGCUGAUUCAUAUAGCACCCCCAGGAGAGAUUCUCUGGAUAAAUCUGGACUCUUCCCGGAAUGGAAGAAGAUGUCUGCUCCCAAAUUCCAAGUCGAAAAGGAAACCCAGCCAGGGAGCCAAAAUGCAGUCUCUGUUGAUGAGGGCGACAUGAUCUUCAAGAAGAACACCAGAAAGAUCCUGAGGCCUUCAGAAUACACUAAGUCUGUGAUAGACCUUCGCCCAGAAGAUGUGGCACAAGAAAGUGGCAUCCUGGGAGACAGAAGCAAAUCUGUGCCAGGCCUCAGUGUGGAUAUGGAGGAAGAGGAAGAGGAAGAAGAGGAUAUUGACCACCUGGUGAAGCUGCAUCGCCAGAAACUAGCCAGAGGCAGCAUGCAGAGUGGCUCCUCCAUGAGUACCAUUGGAAGCAUGAUGAGUAUCUAUAGUGAAGCUGGUGAUUUUGGGAACGUCUCUGUUACUGGCAAGAUUGCCUUUUCACUCAAGUUUGAGCAGAAAACGCAGACUCUGAUCAUCCAUGUAAAGGAGUGCCACCAGUUGGCCUAUGCUGAUGAAGCCAAGAAGUGUUCUAACCCAUAUGUAAAGACUUAUCUUCUGCCUGACAAAUCCCGUCAGGGAAAAAGAAAAACUAGCAUCAAGCGGGACACCAUCAACCCACUAUAUGAUGAGACCUUUAGGUAUGUGAUUUCAGAGUCUCUUCUGGCUCAGAGGACUUUGCAGUUCUCUGUUUGGCAUCAUGGCCGUUUUGGCAGAAACACUUUCCUAGGAGAGGCGGAAGUCCACAUGGACUCUUGGAAGCUGGAUAAGAAGCUGGAUCAUUGCCUGCCUUUGCAUGGAAAGAUCAGUGCUGACUCCUCGCUUGGCUUGCCAGCACACAAAGGCGAGUUGGUGGUUUCAUUGAAAUACAUCCCAUCCUCCAAACUCCCUGUUGGAGGUGACCGGAAAAAGAGUAAAGGUGGGGAAGGGGGAGAACUCCAGGUGUGGAUCAAAGAAGCCAAGAACCUGACGGCUGCCAAAUCAGGAGGGACUUCAGACAGCUUUGUCAAGGGAUACCUCCUUCCCAUGAGGAACAAGGCCAGUAAGCGUAAAACUCCUGUGAUGAAGAAGACCCUGAAUCCCCACUACAACCAUACAUUUGUCUACAAUGGUGUGAGGCUGGAAGAUCUGCGACACAUGUGCCUGGAACUGACUGUAUGGGACCGGGAACCACUAGCCAGCAAUGACUUCCUGGGAGGAGUCAGACUGGGUGUUGGCACUGGGGUCAGUAAUGGCGAAGUGGUGGACUGGAUGGAUUCAACUGGUGAAGAAGUGAGCCUGUGGCAGAAGAUGCAACAGUACCCAGGGUCUUGGGCAGAAGGAACUCUGCAGCUACGUUCUUCAAUGGUCAAGCAGAAGCUGGGUGUAUGAGUCCCUAUCCUCAUCUACAGGUGCAUUCCUGGUCAGUUCAAGUCAAAAAAGCAAAGCAACCAAAAGGAAAGAUUUCUAAUUUAAUGUGUGUGCAUGUGUUUGUAUGAACAUAUUUCUGCAGAUCUUAUUUUACUAGCUAGCGUGACACUGGCAUGUUCUCUGUUAAAGCAGCAUAAAGGUCUUUUCAAAUUGUGUUUAUUUAUGUAUAGUCUAUUAUAUUUUUGGAGUACAUAGUUGCCUCUAUCUUUCUGUAGUUUAAUUAACUUUAAAAACCUUUUACAACUCUCUACCUUCUAUCUUGGUAUCCGUAUUCUUACUCCCCCUGGAAGUGUGAUGUUUUAGCAUUAGUUUUAUUUUUAGGUUUAGGUGUGCCUGAUCGAAGGCCAAUGCUCUUGGAAGUGAGGCUUGGUUGUUAAAGACAGGACUAUGGGAGUGUGGUUUACAACCAGUCCUUCUUCUCCAGUUUGUAUUUUAUGUCAUCAUUUACCAUGAUACACUUCUUGAUAUAGAACUUGCUUUUUAACUCUUCUUUUUUAAGCAAUUUCUGUCUUGCUUGAGUAUAGUGUUUUUGUUUUUGUUUUUGUUGUUGUUUUUAAUGCAAUGAAAAUUCUCCAGCUCCUUACUAGACCUUUGGGGAACCCUUAUAAUGAGUGACUUUAGAAAAUCCACUUUAAUAAGAUAAUGGCCUUUUCACUGAGGCAUUAACAUGCCCUGCGAGACCUACUAGCUGAUCCCAAAAGGUCUUAGUGACUCUGAAUAAAUUUUUCACAACUCAUGCUGAAUUCUCUGUUUUUAACUGUUACAGCAGUUGUUGGAAAGAGAUAUCUUUAUUUCCGUUAUGUACGAUGAGACAUCUUCAUUCUCACGUACUAUAGCUUUCUCCAAGUUUGUGUCUGGGGUGUGCUACUAUAUAGAACAUAGUCUGCAUAUCUCUGUUUCAGCCCAAACUGCCAAAGACUCUAAACCAAUACAGUGCUGCCCCAGGCUAGGAACUAUUAACACCCCAUGAAAAUGUGGAUGGAACCACCCAGCUAUUCUAAGUUUUUAACUAAAAUAUUUUCAGUUCCUAUUUUUGGUUGUUUCCAAGGGGUAACAUGGGAGUAGUGUGUUGAGACUUAAAAGAGGAAUCUAGUAAGCUUUUAUUUCCUGCUACUUAUUCUUCUAAACUGGACUUUCCAUUCAUAGCAGUCUAUCUAUACAAAGGUGUAUGUGGAUAGUGUCUGAACCAGAGAAGAAAUCCCUGUCAGUGGAUCCAUCUGCAAGUUGACUUUCCUGUAAGGUCACUCACUGGAUUGAAGGCAGCUAGAGUAGUUAAGUCUGUAGGUCUGAAUUGCACAGACUGUUUUUCCACGAUCCCUUCAAUGUGGAUUGAUACUGUAAUGGAAGCAUAACUUGAGAGCUCAAGCUCAUACUUGUUCUUUGGUAUUCCACCUCAAUAUGCAUGUGUGUUUCAAUAAAGCUUUAU